CCUUAACUAAUAUUCAUUCUUGAUCGAACCUCAACUUCGACUUUUACUUUGUCAUUUCAACCAACCAACUACUCAACCUUACAUUCCUACUAAUCAUCCCCUAUCUACCACCAUGCCUUCCUUCUCAUCUACGUUCUCCUCUAUCUUCAAGUCCUCCAAGAAGAGGAAUCCUACCAACAAGAACUCCUCCAAUAUUGUGGAGAUGUCAUCUACUUCUAACUCUUCUAAUAAGAAGAUCGCUACUACCGCUGCUAGUAAUGGCAAGAAUAUCAGCAAAGUGAAUAAUAAUACCAACAAGAGCGACAAUAAGAUCGCCAAAUCCAGCUACAACAACAUGAUCAACAAGAGUGUCGACAAGGCUAUCAAGAGCCCUGAUAACAACUAUUACAAUAAUAGAAUCUCCGCCACCACUACUACAAACGCUACCAACAACAAAAACAACAUCAGCAACGACUACGAUAAAACUGAUAGCAAUAUCGCUACCAACGAUACCGAGCCAGUCGACCUCGGCAUACCCCGCAGAGGCCAAUACAUCACCCGGGAUGGCAUCGACGUCGUGGCAGUCCUUGAGACUUGGCAUCAAAUCUACACCGGAUGGCAGAUCGUCUCCGCUGAGCUAGAGAGGAAGGAGAAGAUGCGCCAACGUCGCCGGUUAUAAACGGUCUAUCCGACAACACAAACAGCAGUCAAGAGUUGGUUAUUUCUUGGCGAUGGAUGGAACUCAUUAUGGCUUUGGAUGUAUUGCCUUUUGUAUGGGGAUACUAUGUAACUAGUGUAGUAGGGAUUCCUGUAGGUUUUCGUCCCCAUGAGGGUUUUCCUACAGGCUUUUGUACCCAUACGCGAAGGCCAUAUGGUAUGUGGUAUGAAAGAUAGAAUUAUGAUCCUGAAUUGAAAUAUAAAUGAUUUACCGCCCGCAUCUUUGG